GUUAUCUCUCUAAGUGACACUUCGGACGCUACCCACUUGGUUACUUACUUUCACUCCUCGCAAUCAUCGCCGUUAUCCAAUCACCACAGUUAUCCAAUCGUCACCGUUAUCCAUACUUCAUCGACCCUAUUCUACUUCUGUAUCCGAGUCCUACUCCAGUGCGAGACACAAUGCGUAUCCCUCUUUACGGCCGCUUCUACUGGAAGCUUGUCUUCGACAUGGACAACACGGAAAACAGCGGAACAAUCACGCACUGGUACCGAUGCAAGCUCGUCGAAAAGUUUUGGCAAAGCGUCUUCAUCUCUAGCUUCCUCUGGUGUAGGCCAACCCAUCACACGCGCUCGCCCUGCGUGUUCGGCGUUGUCGCUGCCAUUGUCAAUGUCGAGGAGGCGAGUGGUGAUGCGACGGAGGUGGCGAAUUUUAUAUCCUCCGUUGGGAUGGAGGCAUACAUUGAGAGGGAGAGUCACGCAGACAGGGAAAUUAAGUUUGAGAUAGGACCAAAUUCGAAGAUGGAGCUGUAUCAGCGCGUCUUUGUUGCGCCGGGGAUUACGUUUGCGUGUGACUCCCAUAGCACCACGAAUAAGCCGGAUGAACAGGUGAUGAUCUUUGUCGACGUGGCAGUACGAGAGUUUGUGUCUGGCAUCAAGGUUGUACGCACCUGGUUAGAAUCAGACAAGCCCGUAGACGCUAUUGGGGAACUUCUGGGUGGCAGCGCAAAUAUCAAUCACGGGUUCGGACCAAGCUUCAUUUGGCUCGUACCAGAAUAUACUCGAUCCAAAGAAAACGCCUGCACUGGUUUCGAGAUAGUACUCCAGCAGACCACGUCGGACGCGCAGUUCAUUGACCUCACCCCCAACGACACUUAUCCUUACCGCUACCUGAAAGCAGUCAAAGAUCCAUGCAAUAUGAAAAAAGUCGUGGAUGUUGGAUUGCUGCGCUGUCACGAGCGUCCGAGUGAUGUUGCCGGGAUGACGGGUGGCGCUUUUACUGACAUGACGGAGCGUCUUACUAGUCGCCGCGGCAAGGAUUUCCUGCAUUUGUUGUUUAAAACGGAGAUGACGGGAAAGAUUUAAGUGUAGUAGAUGCUUGAAGUGAAGUCAAUCUCUUGUGUCGAAGGCGGUAUAGGGAUGAGGGAGGUCGAUCAGAUGAGAUGUUGUUUGGUGGCUCUGAGGGAAUAACGAGAAAGCCAGGAAGGCUUGGAGGAAGUGAGUGUACUAGCUGCCAUGACCGAUAUGGCUGAAUCCAAAGAUGGAACCGAAAAUCAUAUCAAAAACAGCUGGAGAACAGUUGUAGGAUGACAUCACUCGAAUGGGUGUCGCUUGCUUCGUCGUUGUGAGAGAACAGCUGGUGUUGUGGGCUGGGGCUGGAAGAACGGAAGCCAAGGUCUAGAUAUCUGAG